CGCGUGGAGGGCGCUGGCCCACGCGGCCCCGGCGUCCGGAGCCGAGACAGCAGACCACGGCCCGGGCGCGAGCGGCGGGGUUAGCGCUUCGGGUCGGGCUCUGAGGCUUGGUGGGGGCGCUGCCCGGGUUGGCCUCGCGCCCCCGGGAGCAUGAGCGGGCAGCGCGUGGACGUGAAGGUGGUCAUGUUGGGCAAGGAGUACGUGGGCAAGACGAGCCUGGUGGAGCGCUACGUGCACGACCGCUUCCUGGUGGGGCCCUACCAGAACACCAUCGGGGCUGCCUUCGUGGCCAAAGUGAUGUCUGUGGGAGACCGGACGGUGACUCUGGGUAUUUGGGACACAGCAGGCUCCGAACGCUAUGAAGCCAUGAGCAGAAUCUACUAUAGGGGCGCCAAGGCUGCCAUCGUCUGCUAUGACCUCACCGACAGCAGCAGCUUUGAGCGAGCCAAGUUCUGGGUGAAGGAGCUGCGCAGCCUGGAGGAGGGUUGUCAGAUCUACCUUUGUGGCACCAAGAGUGACCUGCUGGAGGAGGACCGGCGGCGGCGGCGUGUGGACUUCCACGAUGUCCAGGACUAUGCAGACAAUAUCCAAGCUCAGCUCUUUGAAACAUCUAGCAAGACAGGCCAGAGUGUCGACGAGCUCUUCCAGAAAGUGGCAGAGGAUUACGUCAGCGUGGCUGCCUUCCAGGUGAUGACAGAGGACAAGGGCGUGGAUCUGGGCCAGAAGGCCAAUCCCUACUUCUACAGCUGUUGUCAUCACUGAGUCACCACUCACCUGGCCUGGGGGAAUUGAUGGAAUUCCCCAGAGGCGCUGGAACCCAGCUCCUGUCCGGGGCUUGGGUGGUCAAAUGUCUGAGCUACCCCAGGUCCCCGUGGCAGCAGAGGUGGCACCUGCCUGUGCUGGCCCAUGGCACGGAGGCGGCACUGGGCUGGCUGUGGGCAAGAGGAGGGCUAAGGGCCGAUUUGGACCUCAGGUUUCUGCCCGGGACAACACCUGUUGUUAUCUGCAGAUUACUUAAGUGGCUUAUGAUCUGUAAAUAAAAUGAGUGCACUGUGAAUCACA